UUCUUGCUUCAGCAGCGUCUUCGGAGAUUCCAAAGCAAAACCAUAUAAUUAUGAUUUGGGUAUUUUCUAUUUCUCAAACACUGCUAAUCUUCUCUCUCCCCUUCCUCAAAUUCCUCUCUUUUCAUCAGCUUCCAUGGCCACCUCUUCAGUCCCCGGAUCGGCCUUCAUUGCCUUCAGAUCAUCCCAGAAUAGGACCUCCGCCACUAGCUUCCGGCAAUGCCCUUCAAUCUCCACUCGGUUCGGAUCCCUAAAGUUUCCUCAUUGCCUUGACAUCAAUUCUCGGUCAAGAAGCUCCUUUACUUCUUCAGGUGUAAAAGCCCAGAUUGCGGCUGUUGAGCCGGCGGCAGUUGAAGCAAAAGCUCCAAACUUGGAAGCACCGGUGGUUGUGGUGACCGGAGCAUCCAGAGGUAUUGGUAAAGCAAUUGCUCUGUCUCUAGGAAAAGCCGGUUGUAAGGUUCUUGUUAAUUAUGCAAGAUCAUCUAAAGAAGCUGAAGAAGUUUGCAAAGAGAUUGAAACAUAUGGUGGUCAAGCUCUCAUCUUUGGAGGUGAUGUUUCAAAAGAAGCAGAUGUUGAUGCCAUGAUUAAGACUGCGGUUGAUGCUUGGGGAACAAUUGAUGUAUUGAUAAACAAUGCAGGAAUAACUAGAGACGGGUUAUUGAUGAGAAUGAAGAUGGCACAAUGGCAGGAUGUUAUCAAUCUGAAUCUUACUGGCGUAUACUUAUGCACACAGGCUGCUGCCAAGAUCAUGAUGAAGAAGAAGAAGGGAAGGAUCAUUAACAUAGCAUCAGUUGUGGGUUUGGUUGGGAAUGUAGGACAAGCCAAUUACAGUGCUGCCAAAGCUGGUGUAAUUGGUCUAACCAAAACUGUCGCAAAGGAAUAUGGAACUAGAGGCAUAAACGUUAAUGCAGUAGCUCCCGGUUUCAUAGCUUCCGAUAUGACUGCCAAGCUUGGUGAUGACAUUGAGAAGAAAAUAUUGCAAACCAUCCCAUUAGGAAGGUAUGGUCAGCCUGAGGAGGUCGCUGGUCUGGUGGAAUUCUUGGCACUCAAUCCUGCAGGAAGUUACAUCACCGGACAGGUGCUCACUAUCGAUGGAGGAAUGGUGAUGUAGACUGUUUCUUCUUAUUGAUCUUCUUGUAGUUGAAUGAACUAAAGAAAGGGAUAAUUUUCUGCUAAUAAUGGUAUGUGUAAGGUAAAAUUUGAAGAAGUUCAUUAUGUCUCUUGAUUAACAUUACCAUAAAAACUGUAGAAUUUUGAAGAUAACUGAGAUUUCAUAUAUUUUGU